AUGAAAAAGGGGAAGGCAUAUGUGCUAGAUGAUAUUCCAAUAGAGAUUUGGAUGACGUUAGGAGAUGUUAGAAUUGUGUGGCUCACUAAGCUUUUUAAUGAGAUACUAAAGAAGAAGCAUAUGCCUGAUGCAUGGAGGAAAAGUAUUCUUGUCCCCAUCUUCAAGAAUAAAAGAGAUGUGCUGAAUUGUAUCAAUUAUAGGGGCAUAAAGUUAAUAAGCCACACUAUGAAACUUUGGGAGAGGGUUAUUGAAAGGAAAUUAAGGGCCACAAGUACCAUCUCAGAUUUAGAAAAGGCAUAUGAUAGGGUAGCGAUGGAAGUUUUAUGGUGGGUGUUAGAAAAAAGAGGAGUGCAUGUGAAGUAUAUUAAGGUAAUUAAGGACAUGUACGAUGGGGUGGUCACGAGUGUGAGAACUGCUGGAGGCUACACGGCAGAGUUCUCCAUUCGGAUCGGCCUUCAUUAA